AGCUGCUGUUUGGUCAAAUCAUCUGUCAAUCAACAGCUUAGACUUGACUUUGAUUGGUGGUGCAGAGGUUAGCACUGUUGCUUCAGAGCAAGAUGGUUCCAGGUUUGAGUUCAGGUCUGGGCCUUCCUGAGUUUGCAUGGUCUCCCUGUGCCUGGAUUAAGUGCUUUACUGAAUUUGAUCAAAUGGACCUUUGGGAAUGUUACAAGACCUUUUGCUGGAGUUUUACCCAUCUGUGAAUCAUUCACUGGAUUUUAUGGACCGGUGGAGGACCAGGGUGCUUCUUCUGUGAGCCUUUGGCUGGCAGGACUGCUGCUGGUGUUCCCAAAGGGUACUGGAGCUUCUCCUGGAAAGCAGAGGACGACCUGCGCUUUCCCAGUGACUUCAUGCCCGCGUCAGAUCACCAAUGUCCUGGCAGUAGCAGAUCAUGUGACCAGCACCUGGACGGUAUCCCAGAGUUCACAUGGAGCAUUGUGGCUGCCGGGGACCCGCGUGAGGAAAGAAAUGAGAAAAACGAAAAGAAGGCAGGAAGUCCCCAGGGGUGGGAGGAAGGUCAGUUCCUCUGGGUGAACAGUUCAGCCUUUGGUGGCCCCUGGGUACUGAGUCCUUGGCUGCGGGGAGGCCAGGGUCCUUGCAGCCUGGACAUGGCUGUGUUCCUCCACCCCAAGCAGAGUGGUCAAUACACCAUACGGCUCAUAGAGAGAGACAAACCUCCACUUGCCCUUUUCUCCACUGAUACUCUGCCACGCAUCAUGGGCUGGGCAGUGGUCCACCUCACCCUGGGAACCCAAGGAGGAUCACCUUUUCGGGUCUCGGGCAGCUAUGACCUGCGAAUUCCACAGGAUGACACGGCUACCAUUGAGCCCCACUUCACCACCAACUGCACCAUGGAGUCUUCACCCGGUCCUAACAUCACACUGGAGGGCCAGUACCAAUGUCACCAGGGACCUGGGAUCCCACUGGACAAACUGUGCGACUUCAGUACAGACUGUCCACUCGGCGAUGACGAAGGCGACCUAUGUCGCCACUUUCUCAAUGGCAGCUACUGCUCUUUUGAGGAGGGCGAGUGCAGUUGGAAGUCAAUAUCAAGCCGCGGUCUAUCCUGGAAGAGGCUCCAGCCACCAUCUAAGGCUACCAGACAGAGCUGCCCAUCAUCAGGUGCUUCGUUCAGUGUGGAAGGUGGUCAGUCCAAAGGCCAGCGUAGCUCAGCGUUACUGAGGAGUCCUCUCUUCCCUCCUCCUCUCAGAAACUCCCCAUGCACGGUGCGAUUCUGGCUGUGCUCUGGAGGCUCACAGAAGGGGUCGCUGUCUCUGUGGAUAGCGGAGAACAGCACAGGCCCUGAGGAGCAGCGCACACUGUGGAAUUCAACCAGGGAAGCCAAACCUGAAAGAGGCUGGAAACUCAUCAUUGUUCCCCUCUACGGACUGGCAGACUGGUUCUGGCUGCAGUUCAGGACAGAAGACGGACCUGGACCCGGUUCAGCCAUCUCUCUAGACAACAUCUCUUUCAGUAUGGACUGCUUCCUGGCAUCCAACGGUGAGUAUCCACCAGUGGUCACCAGCACGGCCAGGACGCCAUUUAGACCAACCCUCAUGACUACGCCCCCAGCCAUUGGACGUCCUUUCUCAGAUAUCUCCAAAGUAUGGACUUUUCGUACCUGUGGAGCUGUAGGACCUGAAGGCCCGACUCCCACUCAGUGCCUCAACUCCUACAGGAACAGCAACAUCAACGUGACAGUUGGCACCCGAGGGCCUUUCAAAGGCAUUCAAAUGUGGCAGGUCCAGGAAACUGGCACCUACAGGCUCACAGCCUACGGUGCAGCUGGUGGUCGAAGCGUAUUGGCCACGAGCAGGUCACAUGGCGUCUACAUCACAGGAGACUUCCUGCUGAGGAAGGGCGAGCUGCUUUACAUCUUGGUGGGACAACAAGGAGAGGAUGCAUGUCCCAAUUCCAACGGCGUGCUGAAUAAGAUCUGCCUGAAACAGAGCGGCCCGAUGAUGAACAAAACUCAAGUGAAAGGGGGCGGAGGCGGAGGUGGAGGGGCUACGUAUGUGUUCAAGAUGGAAAAAGACGUGUACAUCCCCCUCAUCAUUGCUGCUGGAGGAGGUGGCCGGGGAUACAGCAGCCAAUCAGAGACCCAGCUGGAGCAGAUGGACUAUGACCCCGGCCAACCAGGACGCAACGGAAAUUCAUACGCUGCAGGUGGAGGCGGAGGUUGGAACGAUAGCGCUCCUAUCAGUCAAGGUGGCAGACCACUGGUGCUGGGAGGCCAAGGAGGGCAGGCCUGCCAAAAGUUUUGGCAGACCCGUGGCGGCUUCGGGGGCGGCGGGGGUGGAUGUAUGUCCGGGGGUGGUGGUGGAGGCUACAGAGGUGGUAACACCUCCAGAGAUGACAACCCCAAACAUGACGGUGACGACGGCACAUCCUUUCUCAGCCCGGAGGCAGAGCCCUUCUUCUUUCCUCUGAAAGCAAUGGAGGGGGACGGAGAGGUGAUCAUCAGUCCGGUGCAAAACUGCAGCCAUUGUGAGAGCGGCGAAUGCCAUGAGAUCAAGGACAAGAUUGUCUGCCAGUGUGAUGAAGACCUCAUCCUGGCAGAAAACGGGAUGUCCUGCAUCACACACAACACUACAGUAUGGAACGCUGUUGUUUCCCCUUGUCUUGCAGCGGCGUCCCCGCCGUCUUCCCAGCCUUCUCUCUCCCACCUGGCGCUGGGUCUGUCUGUGGGCACCUCGGCCCUCAUCGCCGCCCUGCUGCUGGUUGUGUCCGGAGUCAUGAUUAUGUACAGACGUAAACACACAGAGCUGCAGUCUAUUCAGCUGGAGCUGCAGAGUCCAGACUGCAAGCUCAGUAAGCUGCGAGCGUCCACCAUCAUGACCGAUUACAACCCCAACUACUGCUUCGCCGGCAAGACGGCGUCGGUCAAUGACCUGAAGGAGGUGCCGCGGCGAAAUAUCUCCCUCACCAGGGGUCUGGGUCACGGUGCUUUCGGUGAAGUUUAUGAAGGUCUGGCAGUGGGAAUACCAGGUGAACCGAGUCCACUACAAGUGGCAGUUAAGACCCUUCCUGAGGUUUGCUCUGAACAAGAUGAAUUGGACUUCCUAAUGGAGGCUCUAAUCAUCAGUAAGUUCAGCCACCAGAACAUUGUGCGUUGUAUAGGAGUCAGUUUGCAGGCCAUGCCCAGGUUCAUUCUGCUGGAACUGAUGGCUGGAGGAGACCUCAAGUCCUUCCUGAGGGAGACCAGACCCCGGCUGGAGCACCCGUCCAGCCUGACUAUGGUGGACCUUCUCAACAUAGCCAGAGACAUCGCUAAGGGCUGCCAGUAUUUGGAGGAGAACCAGUUUAUACACAGGGACAUCGCAGCUCGCAACUGCCUACUGACCUGCAAAGGUUCGGGCCGCAUGGCCAAGAUCGGAGAUUUCGGGAUGGCUCGAGACAUUUACAGGGCAAGCUAUUACAGGAAGGGUGGGCGUGCCAUGCUGCCAGUGAAGUGGAUGCCACCUGAAGCCUUCAUGGAAGGCAUCUUCACAUCUAAAACAGACACCUGGUCAUUUGGGGUUCUGCUGUGGGAGAUCUUCUCAUUGGGCUACAUGCCAUAUCCAAGUCGCAGUAACCAGGAAGUGUUGGAGUUCGUAACCAAUGGUGGAAGAAUGGACCCACCGAAAAACUGCCCCGGGCCAGUGUAUCGUAUAAUGACUCAGAGUUGGCAGCAUCAGCCUGAAGACAGGCCUAACUUCUCAACUAUCCUGGAGAGAAUUGACUACUGCUUACAGGACCCUGAUGUGGUGACCAUGCCCCUGCCUGUAGAGUAUGGGCCUGUCCCUGAAGAAGAGGAGCGUGUAGCCUUGCGCCCUGAUGACCCCUCAGCUCCAAACGUGUUGGUGACUGCCCAGGUGCCUGACGGGGGGGCUCCACAGCCUCCUCCCUCCUAUCCUACAGAAGAGAACCGGAGGGGUGGGGAGCACACUGUCGUGACUAGCACAGCAUCGGAGGCCAAAGCACAGAUGUCAGCCCAGCCCCAGCCAUACCUCCACCAGCACCAACAGCCCCACACACAAACUUCCAUCACCACGACAAGCACUAACACAGUCUCCUCCACUGCCAAAGGACCUCAUGGCACCACCCAGCCCAGCCCAGAGGGGGGCCACAUCAACCUGGCAUUUACCCAGAGCCACCCACCAGAGAAGGAGGGCCACAAUGGGAAGAGCACCAGUCUCUGGAACCCAACGUACGGCUCGUGGUUCCUGCAGCAGAGGAAGCAGCAGCAGCAGAGGCAGGCAGGGGUUGGAGGAGCAGGAGGGAGCGCUGGCAGGGUGCCUGGUGAAGGUCAGGAACAUGUGGGCCGGACUGUGGCUGAGGUUGCAGGGGCGCUGGGCCUCCAGAACCAGCACCAGCACAAGCAGUUCCAGCAUCAGCUCCAGCAGCACCAACUCCAGCUGCUGCACCAUCAGCAGCAGCAGCAACAGGGUCUUUGCAGACCUCUGUUACCCCCGCCACCACCUCCUGCUGCCCAGUCACCUCUGCUCUUAGAUUCAGCCGCACUGCCCCCAGUUCCCCUCUACAGACUGAGACGAUUCCCCUGUGGGAACAUCGGAUAUGGAUACCAGGAGCAAGGCAUACCGAUGGAGGCGGCCCAUGGUAACCCCAACCCUCCUCCUCCACCUAUCCCUCCACCCCAACAGGGUGCCUCCAUGCCCUCCUCAGCAACACACCAGAGGGGGGCCUCUAUUCCCACGUCAGCGUCCCUGAGUCGGUCAGCAAUGUCUGAGGACAGCCGUCCACUGCUUGUCACCAUGGGGACAGUACAGGACCCCAGGCUGCCCAGGAUGGAGGGCCACAAUGCCACCGUGCUUUAGUCUAAACGCCUGUACCUCCGGUCUUUUAUUCAGGCCCUGUCUUUGGAGACUGCGUGUUCAAGACAGGAAACACUGUGUCAGGACAGAGACCGAUUUUUGCCACCCCCACCAUCCCACCAUUUUGGUUUCUUCCUCCAGUUCACUGAAAUAGCUGGGUGAAUCUGUCAGGCUUUUCCCAUGAGAACCCUGGAGGUGCGUUAAAAUCCCCAGUGGAUGCUGAAGCACAUCAGAGAACUUAAAAGGCUUUGGGAGGCAAAAUGGGUAAAGACUAGUUUUCAGAGUUUUAAAAAAUGUUUGUUUGGAUUUUUUUUUUUUUCAUCACUGGGGGUAUCAUGACUGCGUGAGAAUCCUGAGAAAUGGAGAGUUUAUGGCACAGGAAGACAACUUUCCAUGCGGUAGUGACCAGGUGCGAGCACAUAUGCCAUGCGGUCAUUGACAGCUGAGAACAUCCCUCAUUUGUGAGACUGGACUGAGGAGAAUUCAGAUCUCUAUAUUUUGCCAAACUUUCAGUCACAAACUUUGGUGAGCAGUUUGACUGUGUCAGUUCUACAGCAGAAUCUUCAAACUAUUCCUUGUCCACAUCCUUUUGGAAAACAGCAGUGUGGUAAACAACUUGUAUCAGACUAUUUUUCAAGAAUAUCAGAAAAUUGGACACUGGAUUACCAGAGACAUUUAUACUAAAAAAAAAAAGAAAAAGAAAAUACUGGAAUAAAUGUGUUUGUUGAUGUUUGCUUGCCUGCUUGUUUAUUUAUUCAUUUGUUUAUUUAUUAUUUGGAAGUGGUCCUAUAAAUUAUUCAUGAACAUGCUUCUUCAAAUCCAAACACAUUUAUUUUACAUCAACUGGAGUCUUUUUUAACUGCAGGAAUUUAUUUUUAGUAAUAUGGUAAGAGCAGAACAGUGAGCUUGAACAACCAUCCCCCCAAAAAGUAAGAACGGUAACAUAGGGAUAGAGUGUCCUUCACAGCGGACUUUAAGGUUGACAUAAAUAGAGCACUGAAGCAGGUUUGACAAAAGAAUAUGACAGAUUAAAGACGAGCCACCUUCAGCAACAUUUCAGCUUUUUACUACUGCUGAAGAUUUGUAAGAACUCAUUGCCUCAGAAAAUCGCUGCUCUUCUUUGGUUCACAACUUCAUUGUUGAAAGAAUGCUUUGAGACAGUGGAGCUGAGGCUUUCCUUUCUUUACUUAUGGCUUUUUCAGUAACCUUUGAUUAAUUCAUUUCUUGCUAAAAUGUUUCUUUUCCCUUUUUUUGCCCGCGUAUAGAAACAUAGUGGAUAUUGCUGAAUCAAUCUUAACCUUCAAAUUGUUAUCUCGAAGCACUCUACGUUCCUAAAUUUGCAUAUUUUAUCUUUUCUAUUAUUGGAUGAAUGUUGUGGAAUACAAAUGAGUCUGAGUGAAAAGUUUGAAUACAAACUGCUUUAGCUCUAUGUGUGAAUGAAAUCUGAGACCGGUUUGAGUCUCAUCCUGUUCAUUUUCACUCAUGGUGUUUACAUUUGUCUGUGUUUAAAGUCUGCUUUUUUAAGUUUAAGGACAGUUAUGUGAAGCAUAUCUAUCAGAUAAUGCCAUGAGCGUGGCGGUGUUGAUAUUUCAGUGAAUGAUGACAAUAUGUGUACGUUUUCUGAUGCUUUUGCUUGACUGUAUUUGGCAAUCCUGUCAGUCCUUCUGCUGUGAAGCAAUGAUGAACUGUCAUGUAUGUGUCAUGGCGUUCAGUGACUGAUGAAGACAAAUGGGCCGAGUCAAUGAGCAAGUUAAAUAUUGACCAAUGAACAGUAUUUUGCUCUGGUUCCAGUACCUGUGUUCAAUGCAUUCAUUCUGUGUUCCCCUCACAGCUCAUCUCCAUCAUUUGAUGUAAAAAAGAUGAACUGAACUGCACUUGUAAAUGUUGUAAUUAUAAAGUAUUGUUCUAUGGCUCUGGAAAAAAAAAGCUGUAAAUUGCCCUUCAAAAACCAUUCACCAAAAUUAAUAAAUUACUAUAUAAUA